AUGGGUUUGAUUAAAGGGGCAGCUGUUGGUUCUAUUGGUAUGAAGAUAACCCACUUGCAAUUUGCUGAUGACACAAUAUUGUUCUGUGAAGCUGACUGGGAAGAGGUAGUCACAAUAAAAAGGAUAUUGAGAUGUUUUGAAAUUCUGUCCGGGCUCAAGAUUAACUACCACAAGAGUGUAGUCAGUGGGGUUGGGAUUAAUGAAGAGUCUCUUGUAGACCUUGCUGCUAAACUGAAUUGUUUGCAUCAAAAAUUGCCACUCAAAUAUUUGGGUUUACCUCUGGAAGCUAAUCCAAGGAGAAGAAGGACUUGGCAACCAGUGCUUGACAAAUGUAAACAAAGAUUGGCUUCUUGGAAAAGGAGAUUCCUAUCAUUUGCAGAUAAUGCACUUUGGAAACAAGUGAUAUGCAGUAAAUACCUAGAGGUUGGUAGAGGAUGGUGGCCUUUACCUGUUGAGAAUAACAAGCUGUCUAUGAUCUGGAGAGAUAUUGUAGGUGUUGCUGGCUUGUGUCGUGAGUUGGUGAAUUUUUUCAAGCAAAACAUAGUUAUGGACAUUGGUGAUGGCAGGAGAACAAAGUUUUGGAUUGACAUUUGGGUUGGGAAUACCUGUUUAAAAGAUGAAUUUCCCAGAUUAUUUUCUAUGUCUCUGGACAAAACUGAGACCGUGGCAGGGGUGAGAAGCAGGGGAAUUGGUAUUCAAGAAUGGAGGCUUAACUUCAGAAGAGUUUUGUUUCAGUGGGAAGUGAAGGAGUUGGGGAGGCUGAAUUUAUUUUUAUUCAAUGCACCAGUGCUUAGGUUUGGUAGGUUGGACAGUAUCAAAUGGAAGGCAAAUAAAUAUGGUUUAUACACUGUUGCCUCUGCCUAUAACUGGAAUGUUUUAUCUUCUAAGGUUAUUAGCACAGUAGCUGGGUUCAUUUGGAAGAAUGUGACUCCACCAAGGGUUCAGUUUUUUGGUUGGUUAUCAUGGAAAGGGAGGAUUAAGACAUCCUGCUUUCUUUAA